CGUUCAAAAUAGGCGUACGCGGAGAAGAAGGGAAGAGCCCACUUGCCAAAGCUAAAUUUGCUAUAUAGAAAAGUCCACAUACCCUCUCAACGCCCGUCUCUCCUGGAUUACUUCUUUUGUGUUGCAUUGAGUUUGUUACUCUCUCUACUCCGCCGACCUUCUAAGGUUUCGGUAUUGAACGUGGUCGACAUAGGACGAUUUGAAGGAGCGGAGAACGGCUGCUGCUGCUGCUGCUUUAUCGUAUAGAUAUGACUUGCUUCCCUUUUUUGUUCAGUAAGAGGGUAAAUCCCCCAACAAAAAGUUUUGUUGAUGAAGAAGAAGAACUGUGGGGCAUCCAAAAUGUUAGAUUUUACGCUUACAAAGAGCUGAAAGUUGCGACCGAAGAUUUCAGCUUGGCGAAUAAAAUAGGAGAGGGUGGUUUUGGCUCUGUCUACAAGGGAAAGCUAAAAGAUGGAAAGAUUGCUGCCAUAAAAGUUCUUUCAGCUGAGUCAAGACAAGGAUUGAAGGAGUUCUUGACAGAAAUCAACGUCAUCUCUGUGAUAGAACAUGAAAAUCUGGUUCAGCUUUAUGGCUGCUGUGUGGAUGAUAAUCAUAGAAUCCUUGUCUACAACUACCUCGAGAAUAAUAGCCUUGCACAAACUCUUCUCGGGCGAGGUCACAGUAGCAUCCAGUUUAAUUGGCGAACAAGGUCCAAGAUCUGCAUUGGAAUUGCACGUGGGCUCGCGUUCCUUCACGAGGACGUACAGCCACAUAUCAUUCAUAGAGAUAUCAAAGCCAGCAACAUUCUUCUCGACCGCGACCUCACUCCUAAAAUUUCAGAUUUCGGCCUCGCAAAGCUUAUUCCAGCCAGCAUGACUCAUGUCAGUACACGAGUGGCAGGAACAAUUGGUUACCUAGCUCCAGAAUAUGCAAUCAGAGGGCAGGUGACAAGAAAAUCGGAUCUUUACAGUUUCGGCGUCCUCCUCGUGGAAAUAGUCAGCGGGAGAUGCAACACGAAUACACAACUACCAAUGGGAGAACAAUAUCUUCUUGAAAGGACAUGGAAUGAUUACGAGCGAGGAGAGCUCGUUCUACUUGUAGAUGCGUCCUUAAAUGGCGACUUCGAUGCCGAGGAGGCUUGUAGAUAUCUAAAGAUUGGUCUACUGUGCACUCAAGACAGUCCGAAGCUCCGUCCAUCGAUGUCGACUGUGGUAAAGAUGCUAACGGGCGAGAUGAGUAUCGAAGAUAGAAAGAUAACGAAACCGGGGCUGAUUUUGGACUUCAUGGAUCUAAAAGUAAGGGAUCAACAGCAAAAGAAAGGGAAUAGAGAGGGAUUGUCUUCUGGUAGUCUGUCUUCUGGAUCCUCAACUGUUACAACUGCAACCUUCACUGCACAAUAUGACAGGAACACCUUCUCAUCUGUGCUGUGAAAGUGGCUAAGAUAAUUUCAUUCAUUCUCUUCUGCAAUAGAGUUUUGGGGAAAAAGUGUGUAAAUUGUUGAAUAUGUUCUUUAUUUUCUUGGGUAAGGAAGAGUUCUUGGAAGGCUUUGUAAUAUAUUGUAGAAAUUAAUGUGUUUCCUUGCAUUCCAUA